UAGGUCUUUACGCGCACCCCAUCAAUUUGUGGCAUGUGGGCACGAGAAAAGUCAACAUCGUGUUAAAACGCAAUUAUGUCUUGCAGCAGCCAAUUAACUUUAACCCAAACCAGAAAAAGGUGCACACGCUCCAAACAAACCCCAUCCUUCCGUUUCUCGUACAUGGGGGCGAGCGUUGCGUCAAAACGGGAAACGAGGAGUGGCACAAGGAUGCGCUUAAAUAGCCAGCCUUUGCUUUUGCACACAUCAGAACAGACUGUUUCGACUAUUCUGACUGUUUUGUUUUUUUGCCAAAUAAUCUUCGGGAUCAUGAUGCGCGGAGCUGUUCGUCUUAUGGUGCUUUGGCUCGGGACACUUCAUGGAUGUAGAAAUUGUGAAGCUGCCCCGAACCCUUCUUCACCGCUUCAAGGUUCCAGCUGGGGAAACCCGCGGAGAUACGUGCACCUGCGCGCCAGCACCGAGCUCAACAACUUCUACUUGGAGAUCAGCUUGACUGGACACGUGCGUAAAACGACGCAUCGGGGUUCAUACAGUGUGAUGUUGCUGAAAGCAGAAACCCGGGACCAGAUUGCAAUAUUUGGAGUGAAAAGUAACCGGUUCUUGUGCAUGGACGCAAAUGGAAAUCUUUUUACAUCUACUCUUUGCCACAGGGAUGACUGCCUCUUCCAUCACAUACUCUUGGAAAACCACCGCGACGUGUACUACUCUACCCGCAAUGGCAUACUACUCGAUCUGGAUGGUGUGAAGCAGGUGUACACAUCGGGUCGCAAUGUGGCGCAGACGUCCCUCUUCAUGUCUGAGAAGAGCACAGUUCCGCUGGAGCGUUUGCAGCAUCGGGAGCGACGCGACCGCCAGGCGGAGGAGUCGGACUCACGCGCUGCCCGUGAUGACGACGUCGACCAAGAUGUCGAGCGCCCUGAGGACCGCAAGAGCUCGCGGGAAACUUACGCUUCACCUAAUGACGACGACCCGUGGGACGUGGAGCACGUCAGGAACCCCGGGAGCCCUCGGAUGUCAGGGACAGUGGGGUGAAGUCACUCGUCCGUUUAUCUUCAUCGUAAUUCGACCACAGGACGUUUUAAUUCAAAUAAUUCUGAGUAAUAUAGGACAGUUUUUAAAUGGAAAAUAAUUACUAAGCAUUUAUUAAGCAUUUUGGAAAACUUGUUAAGAAAGCAGGUUUUUUCUCACUGUCUGAAUUUGCUUUAAUUUUGUUCAUCCAGCAGAAUUUGGGGUGACUUUGGGGUCAUAAUCAGGUGACUCAUAUUUAGCUUAUAAUAUUUGUAGAUUAUUAUUACAUACAGAAACACACAGAAACACACACUGUGGUGCAGCACAACUUUUCAUCAACUUGGGUUCAACGUUGGGAUUUUGUCUUGAGUAAAUGCUAUAUAGUGUUUUAUAACCGCUUAUAACAGGUGUGGUUAUAGACAAGGUUUCAGAAGAAGAUUUCAGCUCAACACCAGGUGAGGACCAAAACCAAAUGUUUCUUUAGUCUUAAUCUUUAAUCUUUUGUUAUUUUAAGAUUUUUACUUCCAAAAAACACACUUUUUGUUUAUUCUGUACCAGUCGAUACAUAUUUCAUUCCUAAUCUGACAAAAAACAAUCAAUCCAAAAACAAUCCACUGGUGCAGGACGCCAACAACAGGCAUAGUUUUAACCUUAUUAAAAAGUAUUUAUUUAUUUAAUUCCAGUGUUCAUAUUUA